UCUAAUAACGCGCGCCGGCACACAGGCGAGGUGAGGAUCACUCAGAGAGGCAGCGGGAGAGAGAACGAGACAAGGCGCUGGUUUGGGUCAGAGCACUGACAGUUCAGACAGUCGGCCAGUCAUCCCAAUAAGGGGGCAGAAGUAACUGGACAGGGAGAGGCAAACCUCUCUCCCGGCGCGCAUACACACCUAAAUCAAAGCUAAGCACGUUUCAGACAGGAAAGUUCCUGGUGCACAAACACACAAGGACAGAAGGACACGGAGCCGAACCACACAGACUUGGAGAGUACAACGCCUGACAGCUCACCUACAUCCAGCCGCAAACUACCUGCAGUAGCUAUGGAGCGCAAAAUCCCCGACUUCUCUGGCACCUGGACGAUGAAGAGCUCUGAAAACUUCGAGGAACUCUUGAAAGCGUUGGGUGUGAACAUGAUGCUCCGUAAGAUCGCAGUGGCAGCGGCUUCUAAGCCGUCGGUGGAGAUCACUCAGGACGGAGAGACUCUGUCCAUCAAGACCUCGACCUCGGUCAGAACCACCCAUGUUACUUUUACUGUGGGACAGGAAUUCAACGAGGCCACGGUGGACGGACGCCCCUGCACGAGUUUUCCACGUUGGGAGACAGAUAGCAAGAUCAGCUGUGAGCAGACCCUGCAGAAAGGGGAGGGGCCUAAGACCUCCUGGACCCGUGAGAUAACCAAUGACGGCGAGCUAAUCCUGACCAUGAGUGCGGAUGACGUGAUAUGCACCAGAGUCUACAUACGAGAAUGAACAUGAGCACUUCUCACUUUUUUCGUCCCUCCGCCCCCCUCUCCCUCUGCCCGCCACCACCACUUAAUGUCAGUAACUUGUCAAGGCAGUGCCGGGUGAUAGCAGUCCAUAGAGUCUAGAGUCUGCCCCAGUAUCUCUGUUAGCUUCACUAUAUAAUUAGUCCAGGCAUCAGAUCUAGUAUGUCAUAUGUCUACAUCUUGCUCUUAGUCGCUGAGUUAUCAGUCUGUCUUUCCAAGUCCACCGAACGUGACUCCCUAGGAUUGUAAACAUAAAAGUGUGUGUUGUGUUGUACAGGUGGCCGUCUAGGCUAUGGUUCAUGCAAUCGACAUUGUGUGUGCUGUAGAGGAGGAGGAGGAGGUGUGUGUGUGUGUGUGUGUGUGUGUGUGUGUGCAUGUGUGCGUACUUGUCAAUAUGUGACUAUAUUUGUAGAUGUGUAAACCAAUCUGUGAGCUCUUCCACGUCCAGGUCAGUUUUGAUGUGUCCCUGCUCUCUGUUUCUUUAGCCCCCCACCCCAACUCCCCCACAAUUUCCCCCAUUUUCUAUCUUCUUGACAAAGUUUUGUAUUUAUUACUACACUACAGCCUGAUACAGUACUGCUAAGGUUUUUAUUUUGUGUCUCUUUUAUAUGAAAUGUGAUCAUAGAAAACAACACUUUGUAUGGGAAGACAAUAAAGCACAAUGAUGACUCA